AUGCAAGCAGAUGUGGAUCUCUUCGAGACCUCGAGCGGGAAUCAGGGCGGACGGACAACAGAACUCGUCGAUGAGUUCUGUUACCUGGGCUGUAUGCUGAAGAACAACGGCAGCUACGAGAGAGAUGUUCAGCAAAGAUGCGCUAAGGCCACUUCUGCAUUUAACUCCUUAACGAAAUGUCUGUGGUCGACCCCCAUCACCAACGAAGUCAAGUUGCGAGUCUACCUAUCCGCAAUUCGCCCCAUCAUGAUGUACGGAUCGGCGACUUGGGCAGCACCAUCAACGGUUAUGAAGAGGCUUGACUGCACGGAACGAAAGCUGCUUAGACGGCUACUUGGCUACUUUUGGCUUAGGGUAUGCCACAAUGAAGACCUUUACGCAGAAUUUGAUGUGGUUUACCGGCGGAUGACACGUGGAAGAUAUCAACAUCUUGCACCGCCUUCGAAAGCGGCUAAAGUAAAUCGUCUUCGCUUCUUUGGUCAUAUAUUAAGGAGACCGGCAGAUCGCCUUGUUCAACAAGUUCUGAGAAGUUUGUCGGGUUCGAGCUGGAAGAAGCCACCUGGCCGAAAACAGAAGUUCUGGAUUGAGGUGAUGAAAGAGGACCUGAGGACACUCGGCACAUAG